GGCGCACACUUGGUGGUGUCGGGGUUCUCUCCGGAUUUAUUCAGACAUCGAACGUCGUCGAGAGCACACGUCCAUAUUCCUCGUCUUCCGACAAAAACGAGCGCGUCGAUCGCUAGUAAAGUAUAAAGUCUUUAGACCUCGAGUGUGUGUGUGAUUAUAUAGUUAAUAUAUAUAUACAUAUAUUAAAGCGUUUCCAAUGCGUCGCUUAGUGUAAAAAAUAUUUAAAAAAUAUUAAGAGUUAACCUAAAGAACACAAGGACUUCCAAGAGGAUUACAAAACAAAACAAUCGCGUUUAAGCCCACAAGAAAAGCCGCCAACAUAGCCGAACUAACCGCCGUAUUUAUGACUAAGAUGAUUCCGCCGGUUCCCACCGCCGCUGCUGCCGUCAUGAUGCCCACGCCCAAGCAGAAGAUCGGUUUCAGCAUCGAGUCCAUUGUGGGCAAUGAUGUCAGCACUGCCGCCGGCAAUUCAACGCCGGAGCUAACCGGCCCCCAAAGUCCGCCGUCCGGCGAACGUAAUGUUCCCGGCUCACCACCUCAAACGCCGCCAGCUACGUUAACUCUGAUACCCGGCUCACCUCCCCACCAUCUUAUGGCUCCUCCUGCCCAUGGCUUGCCCUACCCUCAUCCACAUGCCCAGCAGCCCCAGCAGCUUUUGCAGCCAGCACAUCCGCAUCCGCAUCUUUCGCCCGCCCAGCAACAUGUCUUGCACCAACACCUUCUCAUGCAACAGCAGCAACAUCAGCAACAACAACAACAGCAUCCUGGCACACCCAAGAGCCAUCAGGAUAUCCAGGAGCUGCUCCAGCGAUUGCACCACAAUGCAGCCAUCGCCAGCGGAUUGAGUCCGCUGCAGACACGUCUCUCCCCCGAAACGGAGCAGCCCCAAAUUCCAGUCUCUCUUAAGCGGGAACGAUCGCCGGAAAGACCUGCUAUAGAGCAGGCGGAGAAUCCCGCCCAGCGCAUCCAGCCUCCUCAUACACCUCCGAAGUCCGUGAGCCCGCAAUCGUCGCAGCCAUCGUCUUCGCCCACUUUGCUUAUCAGUAGUCCGCAUGCCACGCCUCCGCAGCAACAACAACCUCAGCCUCCAAACUAUCCAAAGCCCGCAAUGAUGCAUCCCGGAGGCGCAGGACCUAUGAUGAUGCCGGGUAUGCCACCGGCUGGACUUGUUCGACCAUUCCCCAUGGGACCAGGGGGACCACCGAUGCCACAAGGACAACCUGGCUUGCCGGAUAUUAAGGCCUUACCGCCAUACAUCAACGCUCCGCCAGAAUUGCCGCCCCAGCAUAAUCCUCAUCUCAUUGCCGCUGCCCAGUUCCAAAUGGCCGCCGCCCUGCAAGCGGGACAUGUUCUUGGUCCCGCUGCUGCCGCCGCUGCUGCCGCUGGUCUGCCACCCCAUGCCGCUCAGUUUAUGCCGAAUCCAGGCAUGGCCAGAGAUAGCUACCAGCUGUACCCAUGGCUACUCAGCCGCCAUGGAAGGAUCUUCCCACACCGAUUCCCUGGAAGUUUUCUGGUGCCACCGUUCCGCAAGCCAAAACGCAUUCGUACCGCCUUCUCGCCGUCGCAGCUGCUGAAGCUGGAGCACGCCUUCGAGAGCAACCAGUAUGUGGUGGGGGCAGAACGCAAGGCCCUGGCCCAGACCCUCAAUCUCUCCGAGACGCAGGUGAAGGUGUGGUUCCAGAACCGCCGCACCAAGCACAAGCGGAUGCAGCAGGAGGAUGAGAAGGGUGGCGAUGGAUCGCAACGGAAUAUGCACAACGGUAGUGGCGAUGAGGAUGACGACGAGCUCAUCGACAUGGAAAUGGAUGAAUGCCCCAGCGACGAGGAGCACGAGCUGGACGCCAGUCACUAAGCAAGAAGAGAUAUACAGGAGGAGAAAUCCUGUGGUGGUCCGUGAGUUCCUUAUCCUGGCAAAAGAGCAAAAGUCCAGUUCCAGUUUUCCGAUGGUUCCCAGUCGAACUUCAGCGAAAGUAAAAUAGUUUGUUUUGUUGUGAUAUAUUCUUAAAGCGAUCUUAAGGCGUUAGGCUAACUGUGUACAUAGAAAAGUAUUAGAGACCCUUCUCUCCAUCCAUCCAUCGUCCUCUCUCAAGAUCCGUGCCAAAUCCUUGCGAAGAAACGAGGUUGAGUAGAGCUCAAAGAAAGUUUUUUCUGUUUCCUCUCUCUUUCGAAAAUAUCUUAAAAAUACUAAAAAAAGAAAAACCUUAAAAAAGAAGCCUAGGCUAGACACCAACUAUAACUGUACAAAUUUAAUGGUUUAAGCGUGUAAAUAUUCAUGACAAGCAUUAAUUUUAAUUAGUGAAUUUCUCUCCCCGAACAAAUCGCACUCAAUUUACUACCUAUUGUAUAAUUCUUGUAUAUUGUAUGACGAUCUUAGCAUUUAUUUAUGUUUAGUCUUAGGCACGAACCUCUAGAGUCGCUCAACUGCAGCUGGAUAUUAUUUAAACCCGUCUAAUCUAAAGCCCUAGUUGCUAGUUACUACUUUUAAGCCAAGAAAACAUGAUUGUAAGAGAUACACAAAAAUAUUAUCAUAUAAAAUAUAAAAUAUUCAUUAUGAAAAGAAA